AUGCCUAAAUCGAACAUAAACCAUUAUUAUUCAAGAAGAGCCCAAGCGGCUACCACUCAAAUUCAAUUAGAAAGUGCAGAAAGUGCAGAAAGUCCACCUCCAUCCUAUGAAAGUAUAGAAAGCCCUCUUCCAUCAUAUGAAGAUGUUAUGAUGAAAGAGGAGGAUGCUCGUCUUAAAAACGUUCCUUUAUUACCUUCCGAGCAACAACGAAAAAAUGAAGAGCCGGAUGUCGGAGGGUGGGAAUUAUUUCAAGAUAUUGAAGCAAUUUCAAUCUGUUUUACAAAGCUUUUAAUUGCAGGUGUAGGAUUAAUGUACAUUAAUAAUGUGGGUGCAAUAAUUAAAACACUUUAUUCAUCAACUCACGAAGAAAAGAGCUUUUCAAACACGACAAAGACUAUUACGUCGACAAAGGGAGCAAGAAGAGCGACGAAGAAUAGAUUUGCUUCUCGAGCAGAUUCGGCAACAACAAGAGCAGCCACCUUCAUAUUGUCGGUGUUGGCGGAAAACAACGACUAUAAGCGCGAACUUACACAAGUUCGGCUCAAAUUAGUGAGUUGCAUGCUAGGCAUAUUCAAAUCAAUGAGUCAGGCUAGCACGAAGUUCAUAUUCACGAGGAGAGGAUUCGUGCAUUAG